AUGAAUAGAAGAAAAUGGUAAGAUUUUGAGGGUAUAAGUGGGGUCAAAAAUACAGAAAAAUAUAAAAACUAACAAGAUCGGGUCACACUAAAAACAGUUAUUUAUCUAAACAGUUCUUAUUUACAGAUUAAAUGCAAUCACACUUAAUUUCAGUCGUUUUGUCCACAUAAGUAGCCAAUUCAAAUAGCAAACGCACAUAAAAACAUGUUUUUAAUAAUGAUGUAUUCAUGAUUCAAGUAGAUCUCCAUCUUUGUUGCUUAAAUUCAUCUCAUUCUGCUUUGUAAUCUGCUCUUCCCAACAUGGAAAAUCCAAAUUUGGCCAAAGUGGCGACUUUCCGGUUGUGUGCUUCUGCCUGUAUCACUUCCCAAACGGCGGUGUAAUUAAGGAAACAGGAGCCGCCGUUUCUGCGUUUUAAUGGUGACGAGAAUCAAGCCAGAAUACAUCAGACUGCUGGGUGCUUUACCCCUGAUCAUGCCCAGGCCUCAUAUAAGGACACCAGGUGCCAAAUGCAAUGCCUGGGUCGGGUUAAUCAUUGAACGCACACACAGGCAUGUGCACACGCAAACCCACGCACUCUCCCCCACACAACCCGGCUUUUCCUUGAGUUCAGAGGCAGGCGUUGGUCUAUAAAAGCUACACCCAGAGGAGGCAAAGAGAGCAAAGCACAAACUUCAUCCACGGGGCGGCAAACACACUCUGACACUUUCAGAUACAGGUCAUCGCUGGACAGUCUGCCACUACAAACUCUCAUCCUGGGAUAUGAACCCUCUCAUCCUCAUCUGCCUCCUGUGCAUCGUUGUCUGCAGUACGCAAGGUGCUCCAGGAUCUGAGGCCACACAGGCGAGUGGGUUAGCCGCAGUGACUGGGGGUCCAGCCUCUGAGGAGGGCCUCCUGGUUGAAGAUGACGAGCACGAAUUAGAUGAAGAACUUUCAGGAGGACACCAUGAAAAUGUUAUCAUACUUGGUGUGCACACCGAUAAAGAUGACAAGAGGAAAAGAAAAGGCAAAGGCAAGAGGAGGAACAAGCAGAAGAACAAGAGCACAACUCCUCUAAAUCCCAGACACUUCAACACCACAAGAGUGCACUCCUCCCCUCACAGCACCACUGAGGACGCCUGCGCCACCACCCACCUGGGUUACUGCAUUCAUGGGUACUGCCAGCACAUUGAGGGGCUGCAGGAGCCAGUGUGUGUAUGCUUGAAGGGUUACCAAGGACUGCGCUGUGGGAUCCAAACUCUUGAGUCAGUCGUUCCGACAGAUCCGACCUACAACUCCGAGCUGGUCCAGACCGUCUUGGUGGUCAUUGCUGUGGUCCUGUCCGUCAUCAGCUGCUGUGCCAUCCUGCUCAUGACCUGUGCUCAUUACAGGUCACAUAAAAACUUCCUGGCGUCCUACCUUGGGACAGUCUCCGAGAACGAUAAGCUGCACAAACCCACGAGUGACGUGGUGUGAAGAUGUCGAGACCAGAAGAGCUCGCUGGAUAAUUAACGGAUGAAGCAAAGGAAUCCAACAACCUGCGGAAGCAUAGACCGCAUAAUAGAUGCUGCACGAAAACAUUUUCCCCAACUAGGUUAGAGUGUAAUUUAUUUAGUGUGAUUAUUUAUUGCUAACCACUUUAUGUGUGUUUUUGUGGAACUAUUGUUAUUGUGUCCUGUUUGUGUGAAUGCUGAGCAUUCAGUCUUUUAUCAUUUGUUUUUUAUUUAUUGCGCUGCAUUUGUUAUAGGUCAGAGAAACUCAUUUAUUCUGGAAAAGUGAUGCAUUUGAUCACCAAUAAAGUGACUCAGUGUUACAUGAA